GUGGUGAGUCUUCCGAUGCCCAAGCCUCACCCCAGACCGAUGAAAUCAGAAUCUCUGGAGCCCCGACCGAGACAUUGGUGGGUUUUGGGGCUCCCGGCUGAUUCCAGUGGGCAACCAGGCUACCAAGCACUGCUUUAUCAUAGGGGUAAGAGUCACAUCGCCUCCUCGAGGGCUCUCCAGGUGUGCCUUUCACAGCGUAAUCCUGUUCACGAAACCAAAAAUCAAAACAAGUGCCCUUUUCUCAUCAACAGAACCGGGAGGAAGGGCUCUGACGGGGCUGGCGGUCCCCUGUUCUCCCCGCUCAGGUGCGGCGCUGUGGCAGGAAGCCACCCCCUCGGUCGGCCGGUGCGCGGGGCUGUUGCGCCAUCCGCUCCAGCUUUCGUAACCGCACCCUGGGACGGCCCAGAGACGCUCCAGCGCGAGUUCCUCAAAUGUUUUCCUGUGUUGCCAGGACCGUCCGCCGCUCUGAGUCAUGUGCGAGUGGGAAGUCUCACUGACACUGAGACCGGCCAGAGGGAGCGGAGCCGAGCGCGGCGCGGGGCUGAGGGACUCGCAGUGUAUAUAGAGCGCCGGGCUCCUGCGAAUGGGGGCUGCCCCCGGAGACUGAGCCAGCCUGCCCGCCCACCGCCCCGCCCCUGCCGCCCGGUUCCCACCAGCCUGUCCGCUUCUGCGGGACCAUGGAGCGGUAGCCGAGGAGGAAGCAUGCUGGCCGUCGGCUGCGCGCUGCUGGCUGCCCUGCUGGCCGCGCCGGGGGCGGCGCUGGCCCCGGGGGGCUGCCCUGCGCAGGAGGUGGCGAGAGGUGUGCUGACCAGUCUGCCAGGAGACAGCGUGACUCUGACCUGCCCAGGGGGAGAGCCGGAAGACAAUGCCACUGUUCACUGGGUUCUCAGGAAGCCAGCUGUAGGCUCCCACCUCAGCAGAUGGGCUGGCGUGGGAAGGAGGCUGCUGCUGAGGUCGGUGCAGCUCCAUGACUCUGGAAACUAUUCAUGCUACCGGGCCGGCCGCCCGGCUGGAACUGUGCACUUGCUGGUGGAUGUUCCCCCCGAGGAGCCCCAGCUCUCCUGCUUCCGGAAGAGCCCCCUCAGCAACGUUGUUUGUGAGUGGGGUCCUCGGAGCACCCCAUCUCCGACGACCAAGGCUGUGCUGUUGGUGAGGAAGUUUCAGAACAGUCCGGCCGAAGACUUCCAGGAGCCGUGCCAGUAUUCCCAGGAGUCCCAGAAGUUCUCCUGCCAGUUGGCAGUCCCGGAGGGAGACAGCUCUUUCUACAUAGUGUCCAUGUGCGUCGCCAGUAGUGUCGGGAGCAAGCUCAGCAAAACUCAGACCUUUCAGGGUUGUGGAAUCUUGCAGCCUGAUCCGCCUGCCAACAUCACAGUCACUGCCGUGGCCAGAAACCCCCGCUGGCUCAGUGUCACCUGGCAAGACCCCCACUCCUGGAACUCAUCUUUCUACAGACUACGGUUUGAGCUCAGAUAUCGAGCUGAACGGUCAAAGACAUUCACAACAUGGAUGGUCAAGGACCUCCAGCAUCACUGUGUCAUCCACGACGCCUGGAGCGGCCUGAGGCACGUGGUGCAGCUUCGUGCCCAGGAGGAGUUCGGGCAAGGCGAGUGGAGCGAGUGGAGCCCGGAGGCCAUGGGCACGCCUUGGACAGAGACAAGGUUUGACUAUGUUACCCAGGCUGGUCUCAAACUCCUGGCCUCAAGGGAUUCUCCCGCCUCAGUCUCCCAAAGUGCUGGGAUUACAGAAUCCAGGAGUCCUCCAGCUGAGAACGAGGUGUCCACCCCCACGCAGGCACCUACUACUAAUAAAGAUGAUGAUAAUAUUCUCUCCAGAGAUUCUGCAAAUGCGACAAGCCUCCCAGUGCAAGAUUCUUCUUCGGUACCACUGCCCACAUUCCUGGUUGCUGGAGGGAGCCUGGCGUUCGGAACGCUCCUGUGCAUUGCCAUUGUUCUGAGGUUCAAGAAGACGUGGAAGCUGCGGGCUCUGAAGGAAGGCAAGACAAGCAUGCACCCGCCGUAUUCUUUGGGGCAGCUGGUCCCAGAGAGGCCGCGACCCACCCCAGUGCUUGUUCCUCUCAUCUCCCCACCAGUGUCCCCCAGCAGCCUGGGGUCUGACAACACCUCGAGCCACAACCGACCAGAUGCCAGGGACCCACGGAGCCCUUACGACAUCAGCAAUACAGACUACUUCUUCCCCAGAUAGCUGGCCAGGGGGCACUAGCAGGCUGGACCCUGUGGAUGACAGAGCACAAACGGGCUCAGCAAAGGAUGCUUCUUACUGCCAUGCCAGCUUAUCUCAGGGGAGUGGGGCCUUUGGCUUCACGGAAGAGCCUUGCGGAAGGUUCGACACCAGGGGAAAAUCAGCCUGCUCCAGCUGUUCAGCUGGUUGAGAUUUCAAACCUCCCUUUCCAAAUGUCUGGCUUAAAGGGGUUAGAGUGAACUUGGGCCACUGUGAAGAGAAGCAUGUCAAGACUCUUUGGACAUUCAACACGGACACUCAAAAGCUGGGCAGCUUGGUGGGGGCCUCAGUGUGGAGAAGCGGCUGGCAGCCCACCCCCCAACACCUCUGCACAAGCUGCGCCCUCAGGCAGGGGGGGCGGAUUUCCAGCCAAAGCCUCCUUCAGCCGCCACGCUCCUGGCCCACUGCAUCAUUUCAUCUUCCAGCUCAAACUCCUAAAACCCAAGUGCCUUUGCAAAUUCUGUUUUUCUGAGCCUGGGGACGGCUUUUACUUAAACCGCCAAGGCUGGGGAAAGAAGCUCUCUCCUCCCUUUCUUCCCCACAGUUGAAAAACAGCUGAGGGUGGGUGGGUGAAUAAUACAGUAUCUCAGGGCCUGGUCGUUUUCAACGGAAUUAUAAUUAGUUCCUCAUUAGCAUUUUGCUAAAUGUGAAUGAUAAUCCUAGGCAUUUGCUGAAUACAGAGGCAACUGCAUUGGCUUUGGGUUGCAGGACCUCAGGUGAGAAGCAGAGGAAGGAGAGGAGAGGGGCACAGGGUCUCCACCAUCCCCUGUAGAGUGGGAGCUGCGCGGGGGAUCACAGCCUCUGAAAACCAAUGUUCUCUGUUCUCCACCUCCCACAAAGGAGAGCUGGCAGCAGGGAGGGCUUCUGCCAGUGCUGAGAUCAAAACUGUUUUACUGCAGCUUUGUUUGUUGUCAGCCGAACCUGGGUAACUAGGGAAGAUAAUAUUAAGGAAGACAAUGUGAAAAGAAAAAUGAGCCCGGCAAGAAUGCAUUUUAACUUGGUUUUUAAAAAACUGCUGACUGUUUUCUCUUGAGAGGGUGGAAUAUCCAAUAUGCGCUGUGUCAGCAUAGAAGUAACUUACUUAGGUGUGGGGGAAGCACCAUAACUUUGUUUAGCCCAAAACUAAGUCAAGUGAAAAAGGAGGAAGAGAAAUAAUAUUUUUCCUGCCAGGCAUGGUGGUUCACGCCUGUAAUCCCAGCACUCUGGGAGGUCGAGGCGGGACGAUCACUUGAGUCCAGGAGUUUGAGACCAGCCUGGGCAAUGUGGUAAAACCUCAUCUCGACAAAAAGCAUAAAAAUUAGCCAGGUAUGGUAGAGUGCACCUGAAGUCCCAGUUAGUUGGGAGGCUGAGGUGGGAGGAUCUCUUGAGCCUGGGAGGUCAAGGCUGCAGUGAGCCGAGAUUGCACCACUGCACUCCAGCCUGGGUGACUGAGCAAGUGAGACCCUGUCUCAAAAAAGAAAAGGAAAAAGAAAAGAAAAAAUAUUUUCCCUGUUAGAGAAGAGAUUGUGGUUUUAUUGUGUAUUUUGUUUUUGUCUUAAAAAGUGGAAAAAUAGCCUGCCUCUUCUCUACUCUAGGGAAAAACCAGUGUGUGACUACUCCCCCAGGCGGUUAUGGAGAGGGCGUCCGGUCCCUGUCCCAGUGCUGAGAAGGGAGCCUCCCACGACUACCCGGCAGGGUCCUAGAAAUUCCCCACCCUGAAAGCCCUGAGCCUUCUGCUAUCAAAGGGGCAGGUUUUUAAAAAAUCCCUUACUGAGGUAAAGGUAAAAAUCCCAUUUAAAAAAAAUCCCUUACCUCGGUGCCUUCCUCUUUUUAUUUAGCUCCUUGAGUUGAUUCAGCUCUGCAAGAAUUGAAGCAGAACUAAAUGUCUAAUUGUAACACCGUGAUUAACCACUUCAGCUGACUUUUCUGCCCGAGCUUUGAAAAUUCAGUGGUGUUAGUGGUUACCCAGUUAGCUCUCAAGUUAUCAGGGUACUCCACAGUGGGGAUAUACCAGACCACAAAACCUUUCUAAUACUCUACCCUCUUAGAAAAACAGCCACCAUCACCAGACAGGUGCAAAAGGAGGAAAGUGACCAUGUUUUGUUUACCGUUUUCCAGGUUUAAGCUGUUACUGUCUUCAGCAAGCCGUGCUUUUCAUUGCUGGGUUUGUCUGUAGAUUUUAGACCCUAUUGCUGCUUGAGGCACCUCAUCUUAAGUUGGCAAAAAGGCAGGACGGCUGGGUGUGGUGGCUCACGCCUGUAAUCCUAGCACUUUGGGAGGCCGAGGUGGGAGGAUUGCUUGAGCUCAGGAAUUUGAGACCAACCUGGGUAACAUAGUGAGAUACCAUCUCUAUUAUAAACAAUAACAUUUAAGGAAAAAAAAAGGCAGGCAGGUGGUUAUGGUGGUUCCCUCCCAUCCUGCUGCAUAAAGUUUCUGAGACUUGAGAACAGCAAAAAUGCUGUUAAAGGGAAAUAUUAAGAAUGAGAAUCUGCAUGAAGGGUGAUUAUGUGCCCACAGUUAAUUCUUUAUACCGUUUUACCCACAUGUGGUAUUACCGAAGCCGGGCAGAACCAUGCUAGCGGAAGAUGUGAAAUUCAGAUAGCUCAUUAUUGCCAAGAGCUAGGCAGCUUUGAUCUCCAAAUUGUUAUUGCUUUCAUUUUUAUUGUAAUGGAACUGCUUUUUUUUUUUUUUUUUUUUUUUUUUGCUUUUUUUUCGUUUUGUUUUUGUAUUGAAGAGGGUUUUUUUCCCUUUAUUUUUCAUAAGCUACUGUAAAUGAAGAAAAAGUGUCUUCUCUGGGCUGUAGGCCUGGCUCAGUGUACACAGGUAUACAUCCUAAGCUCUCUCUGUUCUCUAAUUUGUGGUGACUGAAUAUGUGUCGCAAUCCACGGGGCAUUUCUACCUGUAUUUCUGCAGCACCCCCACUGCCUUGAGUCCCCAGCAGUGCUGUUAUUUGCCUAAUACCUGUAGCCAUCUGCCACACAGCCAGACAUGAAACGCUGGGACAGAGACCAUUUAGAUUAAAUACAACAGCUUAUCUUGCUGGGUGGGGAAAGUAAAAAAUAUGCUGGUUCAAGGUCUAAAGUAAAAUGAUAAAUAAUGUUUGUAGCAUUAAUGAAAUAUUUUCAAGAAAUGUGUCCGGGGGUAGCAUUGGCUAUGCUGACGAGGCCUUUGGUAACUCAGAAAGCUCUUGGCCCCGAUGGCGACUUGCCCUUGCACUUUCUUUAUCAGGCUCUGAGCUCACACGGAGCCUCUGGCAUUUCCCUGCUGUCUUGGGAGAAAGGAAACUGGUUGUGGCGGCAGGGUGUGGAAUCUGCUGCUGGAACCAGGCUGGAAGCCCACCUGGUAGUGAACAGGGCCCAGCGGGGCAGGCUAGGAGUGUUGUGGUCUAUGGGUUUGUGUCCUGGAGAAUGUUCAAGAAUGUCUUCUUGGCUGCUUUGGUGCUGAGCUCUGUUAUCUCACAGCACGUCCUGAAGGCUAACCCAGGUGGGGAGGAUGCUGACACCAGCUCCAGGUGGAGUUGGUGAGAAAUCUGUCUUAACUUGGAGAUGCAGGGGCAACCUGUGACCCUUUGAGGCAAGAGCCCUGCACCCAGCUGUCCCGUGCAGCCGUGGGCAGGGGGCUGCACAUGGAGGGGCAGGCGGGCCAGUUCAGGGCCAGUUCAGUGCCCUGUAAGGGCCCUUCAGCCUCCUGUCCUCUGUGCGGCUGGGCGCCAGCACCAGGGAGUUUCUAUGGCAACCUUAGUGAUUAUUAAGGAACAUUGUCAGUUUUAUGAACAUAUGCUCAAAUGAAAUUCUACUUUAGGAGGAAAGGAUUGGAACAGCAUGUUGCAAGGCUGUUAAUUAACAGAGAGACCUUAUUGGAUGGAGAUCACAUCUGUUAAAUAGAAUACCUCAACUCUACGUUGUUUUCUUGGAGAUAAAUAAUAGUUUCAAGUUUUUGUUUGUUUGUUUUACCUAAUUACCUGAAAGCAAAUACCAAAGGCUGAUGUCUGUAUAUGGGGCAAAGGGUCAGUAUAUUUUUCAGUGUUUUUUUUUCUUUUACAAGCUAUUUUGCAUUUAAAGUGAACAUUGUAAAUGUUUGUAAUAAAUGAUUUUUAAAAAUACA